GCACUCCCUCCACAGGCGCCCGGCUUGUUGGGCAUGCAGCCGCCGCCGUCUGUGCCGUAUUUUGGCCCGGCCAGUUUCAUCAGUUGGAACGUCAGGGCCCUCUUUUGCCUCGGCGUGGUCCGCAUGCACCGCAAGCUGGACUACCUCUGCCGCCUGGCCUCCGCCGCCGACGUCGUCAUGAUCCAAGAGGCCCACAGCAACUUGGAGAAGGCCGCCAUCCUGGACGCCCGCGGGCUCGACGUCCUCAACGUUCACAUCGAUCCGAUGCUCAGCCCUGCUGGUGUGCGGCAAGUCUUGUCCCUUGCUUCCUCUGCUCUCGCUGUUGGUCCCCGCUCUCACGCUGUGCUUUGCGGCGACUUCAAUUUUGACAGCCACGUGCGUGAUCGGCUCAACUGUUUGGACGGGCAGUUCUGUGGACGCCCCGGCGCCCAGCAGGCCGCCUUCGAGGAGCUGUUCCCGACCCUCGCGGAGUUCGGCAUCGAUGGCUUCACCCACAGGAACAGCGACGCGGUCUCGUCGUUCAGCCGCCUCGACCUGGCCUACUCCUCGCUCCACCCGACGCUCUGCAUGGACAUGACUUUUAACGCCUCGGUCUUCCAGGCAAUCUCGUCCCCCAACUUCGACCUGUCCGACCACGUGCCCAUUGUGCUCUCCUUCCGUGCCAAGACCGUCGACUCCAGGCAACGGCCGAUUCCCUUGUGGAUCACCCGUCACCCGACCUGGCCGAUCGAGGUGGACAAGAUCGCCAUGCGGCUCGCCGCUCAUGAAGUCAAAGAGCUUGCAGCCCACCACCGCGCUCGCACGUCCGACGAGGAGCUCUGGUGGCUAGUUCGUGCACUCCGUGCCAUCCGCGCCGACAACCCCGAGGUCCUGGACAAGUGCUGCAAGGUCGUUGAAUCCAUCACCACCCUCCUGGACACCGAGCCUGCUGACCUGACCCUCUUGUUGGACCACGUUGCCCAGUUGUCGCGUCGGACUGCCGAGGAGCGCCUACGGGAUGUUGGAGCUGCCCGUGACCUGCCAGAGUACGCCCGUCGUCAACAAACUGCCCGCCUCGCUCGGCUUGUUCGCACUUGGGCCCCUAUCCGACGAACGUUAAGUCUUCGGGGCGUUCGAGACAGCGACGGCCAGUUUGUCCACGACGAGGACGAAGUCUUCCUGGCUGUCGCCGAGCACUGGCAGCCGGUAUUUGCCGAGAAGCAGAUCGAUGCCGCGGCGGCGACCACCUUCAUCGACCUCUGGGCCAGACGCUUCCCGACCAUCGCGUGGGCCCUCACCUUCGACGACUUCUGUGACAUGAUACGACGGACGAGCGACAGCGGCUGUGGGCCCGACGGCAUCCCCUACUCCGCUUGGAAGUUUGCCUCCUCGCCGGUUCAGCGGAUGGCUGAACCCACGGACCACACCAUGGGCAUGUACCGCCACCCGAAGAACUUGAGGCCGUUGUCUUUGUCGAACACCGACGUGAAGCUCCUCGCACUGUCCCUGAACGCCGUUGUCUCGCCGGCACUCCCUGCGUGGGCGCGCCCUGAGCAGCGAGGCUUCAUCAACGACCGCAUGAUCAUCCAGAACGUCCUGGACGUCGAGGAAUUGUACCGGGACAACGACCACUUCUGGUACUUCAAGGGCAUCGAGCGGUUCUUCUUCACCGCCCGCUCUGGCAUCAAUCAAGGCUGCCCCUUCAGCGCGGCCCUCUUUGUCCUCGCCAUGGACCCCUUCGUUGCGGCCUUGUCGGGUGCCGUCGGCCCCCGCGGCUACCUCCGGGUGUACGCCGACGACAUCGCGAUCGUCAUGUGGCAGCUUGUCGCGCAGAUCAGACGCGACGAAUGUGUCAUCGUGCCGCUUUGGAACCGCAAUCUCGUACGAGUUCGCACCGUGGUCAUGGAGAGGGUCGCCUUCUGGUCGUCCUUAACCAUCUCCUUGGCUGCCAAGUAUUUCGGCUUUUCUAUAGGUCCUGACUCCCGCCGGCUCGAAUGGCCCACGGCGAUUGCCAAGUUCUGGUCACGGGCGACCGACCUCCUGCGGGUCACGGAGGGCCUCCCCGCCACGAUGACCCUGCACAACACUCAGGGGUGCCCCAUCCUUUACUACCAGGUACGGCACAUGCCGCAGGCCCUCUUCCAGCUCCAGGACGACAUGGUCGAGCUCCUCACUCGUGGCCCUCGUUGCUGGGUGCCGGUCGAGGCCGCCUACUCCUUCGACUCGCUAUUCCGGUGCGCCAACCGCCUUAUGCGGCUCCGCUACAUGAUUUGGCCAUCAAGUCCCACACCAGGGCCUCCCCGAAGAUUGACAGGCGUCUUCGCCAUGAUCUUCAGGCACUCCGUUGGCACGACGAUCAAUCUCUGUGGCCUUGGGCUAGAGAUUGGCAUGGACGGUCCGCGGUACAGAUGCCGAGUGGUCAAAGCCCUUCUCGGUCACUGCCUCGGUGCGGCCCACCGGGACUUUCUUGACUUCCUGGGGCUUCACACCGAUUUCGGGGUCUUCGCACGGCAGGCGCUCGGACGCCAUGCGACCAAGGCGGUUGUAGAGGCCACCCGGCUCAAUCCGGGCAUUGCUGCUCGGUAUUCCGCCCCUGCACGUGUCCGGGCCGACUUGCAGACCCACGCGCGCCUCGCAAAGAAGCCUCUGACCUACAAGAUCCCGACGGCCCGAGCCUGCUUGUCCAUGGCGACUCUUGGCCUGGACGCAGCGUGG